CAUGGCCGACCUGCUGUGCCUCAUCCUGUUAAGGGCCUCACUGGCUAGCCUCCUGGUACAAGGGGGAAGUGUGUUCAUUAAUCGGGAACGUGCCAACACAGUCAUGGAGAGGGUCCGGAGGGCGAAUUCAUUUUUAGAGGAGAUGAAGAAAGGCAACCUUGAAAGAGAGUGUGUGGAAGAGACUUGCUCCUAUGAAGAGGCCCGAGAAGUCUUUGAGAAUGUUGAGAUGACGAAUGAAUUCUGGAAUAAAUACAAAGAUGGUGACCAGUGUGAAAGUAGCCCUUGCAUGAAUAAGGGCAUGUGUAAAGAUGGCCUCGGGGAAUAUACGUGCGAGUGUAUGGAAGGAUUUGAAGGCAAAAACUGUGAACUGUUCACGAGAAAACUCUGCAGCCUGGACAACGGGGACUGCGACCAGUUCUGCAGGGAGGAGCAGAACUCCGUGGUGUGUUCCUGUGCCAGUGGGUACAUCCUGGAUGACAACGGCAAGUCCUGCAUCUCCACAGAGCCUUUUCCCUGUGGGAAACACACUCUGGCACGCAGAAGGAGGUCGGCGGACCAGGCCCUUCACAGCAGCGGGGAUCCCGAUGUUGAAGUGCUAGACAAGUACGACUCUGGACACCUGGGUCCCACCAGGAACCCUUUCCACCUGGGUCCCACCAGGAACCCUUUCGAUCUGCUGGGCUUCAACAACACAGAGACAAGCCCCGAGGACCAGGAGAGCGACCUCGUUCGGAUAGUGGGAGGGAGGGACUGCAGAGAGGGCGAGUGUCCCUGGCAGGCUCUGCUCAUCAAGGAGAACAACGAAGGCUUUUGUGGAGGCACCAUCUUGAAUGAGUUCCACGUCCUCACCGCAGCCCACUGUCUCCUCCAAGCCCAGAGAUUCAAGGUGAGGGUAGGUGAUCGGAACACGGAGCAGGAGGACGGCAACGAGAUGGUGCACGAGGUGGAGAUGAUCAUAAAGCACAACAAGUUCGACAAAGCGACCUACGACUGUGACAUCGCCGUUCUCAAGCUGAAGACGCCCAUCAAAUUCCGCAUGAACGUCGCCCCCGCUUGCCUGCCCCAGAAGGACUGGGCCGAGUCAACGCUCAUGACUCAGAGAUCCGGCAUCAUAAGCGGCUUCGGGCGCACCCACGAGAAGGGCCGCCCGUCCGUCACCCUCAAGAUGCUGGAGGUGCCCUAUGUGGACAGGAACACGUGCAAGCUGUCCACCAGCCUCACCAUCACCUCAAACAUGUUCUGCGCCGGCUAUGACGCAAAGCCUGAAGAUGCCUGUCAGGGGGACAGCGGGGGUCCUCAUGUCACUCGGUUCAAGGGCACCUACUUUGUCACUGGCAUCGUCAGCUGGGGAGAAGGAUGUGCACAGAAAGGAAAGUUCGGGAUCUACACCAAAGUCACCAACUUCCUCAAGUGGAUCAAUAAGUCCAUGAAAACCAAGGCCCAAGCCCAGGCCCACGCCCAGGCCCAGGAUGAGUUGGGGGACACUACAGCUCCCCCCUCAUUAGACUGAUUCCACCCAAAGACCCACUGGCAGCUCUUGGUGUCUCGUUUUGUCUUACACUUGCCACCCUGAGCGGGCUGAAUCCCGGAAAGUUUCCUGUCUCCCAUGAUUGUGUCCAUUCCUGAUCAUGACCUUGCUAUAGCUCUGUUGACAUGGGAAAUGAAAUUUUCAUUUGGAA